AAUGAGACUCUUUAAAGCUGCUGUUCCAUAAAGGAUAUUAAUCUAGUCGCGGGGAUCUGGACUUUGGAAAUACGCAGUACUUUUGAAACGAGUGGCGCGACUGCAUUUCGGCGUUUUCAUCCAUUUUUGUGGACUUAUUGUAUCUUUGCUCGCAAACCAUAAGGAAACAUCAUGCUGCUCCUCUUACUGGGAAUCGUCAUCUUGCAUGUGGCAGCACUGGUUCUGCUCUUCGUGUCCACUAUAGUUAGUGCAUGGGUUGUUAACCCCGAAAGCAGUUCAGACCUCUGGACAAACUGCACAACAAUCAAUAAUGUGUACAAAUGUGACCCUGCUGACACUGGAGUUUGGAUCCAGGCAGUCCAAGCCCUCAUGAUCCUGUCAAUCAUCUUCAGCUUCCUGUCUCUCUUCCUGUUCUUCUGCCAGCUCUUUACACUUCAGAAGGGUGGACGCUUCUUCCUCACCGGAGCAUUCCAGAUCUUUGCUAGUCUUUUCGUUAUGAGUGGAGCUAUCAUUUAUACGGUAAUGAACACCACGUGGAUCACUGGGCCAGUGUCCUAUGGCUUUUCCUACAUCUUGGCCUGGGUAGCCUUCCCUCUGGCAUUCAUAAGCGGGUUAAUCUACGUCAUCUUGAGAAAGCGAGAGUGAGGUGGCACUGCCCUCUCAUGGCCGCUACCUGGAAAUACAGCUUUGAAGCCAAAGUAUCACACUGCAUCCACAGAGAAGUGAAAUCACACAGUAUCUUCACCCGGGGGGUCAGUCAAAAUCAACCCCACUGCCACCCCGAAAAGACAUAUUCAAUACUGUCAUCAUUUGAAGAUGUAUAUAGUAUAUAUGGUUUAAAACCUAUUUAUAACACUUUUUACAUAUAUGUACAUAGUAUUAUGUUUGCUCUGUUGACAAAGUACCUCUUUUAGCUAAUAAGUGCCUAGAGCGUGUUUGUCACAGAAACGUGCAUCAUUAGCCAUAAUGUGUGUUUGUGUCAUUUUUUGUUUCUUUCCUUAUACGGCCAAAAAAUACUUAUAAAAAGGUUUUUGAUGUAUUUUAACCAAAGUGCAUGUAUUAAAUUAUAGGGACAGUGUUUUCAAUGAAGAUGCAUUGAGAAUUCAUAGAUGAAGUAACUAAAAUACCAUGGUUAGAUCGGCAGUUUUGAAAGCUUUUUUUAAAAAAAUAGUUUUUCUUUGUUUUCCAACAAAAAAAUGGUGCUAUGUAUUUACCAUUCCUUUAACUAAUAGCCAUUUAGCCUUUAUUUAGAAGGACAUAACAUGAAUGAAAGUCAAAAUCAAAAUGCCAUUGAAUAUAUUGUGCUUGUGCCUAUAACACAAUGCUGUAUAUACAGUACUCACCAAAAAGGUUCAUUUUAUAAUAAAACAAAGAAAAUGU